AUGCGACCUUUAACGAAUACACUUUUCUUGCAUGCAGACUUUACGUCAUUUUCUGCAAAUGUUGGUGGACCUGGGCUGGGGAGUUUCCGAUCGGUGUCGACUUCUACGAAGCUUGUCAAUGGAAAACGUGUCACCACCAGGAAGAUUGUGGAGAAUGGUGAAGAGAGGGUGGAAAUUGAGGAAGAUGGGCAGCUGAAGUCAGUGCGAGUAAACGGUGAGGAAGACCAGGUAGCCCUCGCCAUUGAGCUGAGUCGGCGAGAACAGCAGGGCCAACAGCGGCGCACCUUACAAACAGCACAUGGCCAAGUGCCUGGCACCUCGCACCCAUUCAGCUUCUAUGAGGAUGAGGACUCUGAGGAGGACGAGGAUUUGCAGCUGGCCAUGGCCUACAGCCUGUCGGAGAUGGAGGCCCGAGGGCGUGGAUCAGGAGUGGAAAGUGUGGAAGCCGACACAGACGCGACAUUUUGGGAUCGUGUGCGACUGCUGGUUGUGUGAUCAAACAUUGUAAUGCGUUUAUUAAUAUGUUGUUUGCGUCUACGUUUCAUACAGAAGCACUUUGAAUGAAUGUGUUGAAAAGUUCAUUGGGGGACGUAGAAAUGGUGUAGAAUUGUAAAAGAGAAUACACCAUAUAUGUAAUAUUUUAGGCUCAUUUAACGAAGUGUCCUGUUUUGAAUUUUUGACUAUGCUGCUUUGAAGAAGGAGAGAAGUGGAUUUCCUUUGUCUCUAGCCAUUGUCAGGGAUCAUGUCCAACCUUCUCCCCACCUGCUUUUUAAAAUAGGGCCCUAUAUGAUCUGAUGUAUACAUCAUAAAAUCAUUCAUUGUAAAUACUGGGACUCGUAUCCUGUCCAUCUUCCAGAAUCUGUGUGUGGGGUACAGCGACCUACUUUGAGAAAGCGCUUUUAAUGUAAUAAAAGCAAGUGUCCCAAGUUGCUUCACAGGAGCGUUACCAAAGCUUAACACUGAGCCAUUGCAGGGGAUGUUGAGUCCAAUGACCAAGAGUUUGGUUAAAUAGGUAGGUCUUAAGGAGUGGUCAUAAAACAGGCAAGAGAGAUCAAGAGGCAGAAAGGGGGGAGUUUCGGAAGUCAGCUGGAGGGGCGAGGUGGCUGGUCAGGCUGCUGAGGCAGAACCAUCGAUAGCAGAGCAAUUAAUAUUGGAAAUGCUCAGAGUUGGAGCAGUGCAGAGAUCUUAAAUGGUUGUAGGAGGUUACAGAGCUAGGGAGCUUCCAUAUAUAAGUAUACAGGAGUGCUUCCUUACUGAGCCAUUUACAUUUAGCUUGCUCGUGAGGUCUGAGCCAAUACCUAACCCAUCCAAUUAAAGCUUCAUCCUUUGGUUAUGUGGUAGGUUUGCCCUAGUACAAACAAUCUGCAAACAUGUCCUGUCCUCCUCCAGUGCUCUUGCAAGAACAUGACUCCUUUACCCGUUCUAUCACCUUUAAAAUACUUGGUACAUGGUCGGGUGAGAUAUCGAUCCAGUCAGCUGGUUGAAUUUUCAGUCUGUACUGAUGCUUCAAACCUACUCCUCCUUACCUCUAAACCAAGAAAUGGGUGGGAGGUAAUGGGGGGGACAACCAGGGGUUCCUUGGGUGCAAGGAGAAUAUUGCUGUUCAUCCCGCUGGUAGAAGGUUGUAAGAGAGGCAGGCUUAUGCACUUGUUGAUGUGGGGUGUGCUUCCUGAGGGCUGUUAACACUGGAAUCAUUAGACACUCGUCAGAGAAUUAUCAAACUAUGAGUUAAUUUAUUUGAAGCAGUAAAUCACAUUAUAAUUACAAAGCAGACAUUGCAGCAGCUUGUAGUCCUGCCCCUUACAGACUAGCUGUCAGGCAGAGUUGCAACAGCGUACACACAGAGCACGUGGCAUGAACUCCCUUAAGUUCAAGAUAAUGUACGCUACCAUUCACUGGUGUGAUUCCUGUAUGUCAGAUGAUCACCUGGUUAGGUUUCUGGUGAGCAAGAUAUUGUUUGGGCCAGAAGGAAGGUAGUUUAAGAGGAAGGGUUAGGAGAAUCGAUCAUCUGCUGUUUCCCUACCAGUUGGCCUGUGUUUGUAAUAAUGGGGUUUUCAGUGUCAAGAGUUUUCAGAGGCCAAGAGGUGGGUGCAAAGGGGAUCUGCUGAAGUGCUGCUAGGGAUGAGGGGCUUCAGUAAUAUGGAAAGAUUGCAGAACAUGGGAAUGUUCUCCUUAGAGUGGAGGGGGUAAAAGGGAGAUUCCACAACGUGUUCAAAAUCACAAUGGGGUUUUGACUAGGAUAGAUGGGGAGUAGUAACUGUGUCCAGUGCCAGGAGGGUAGGUAAGCAGAGGAGACAUAAUUAGAGAAGGACCCACAAAUGAGUCAAGGGUUUUUUUGUGUACAGUGAGUUGUUGUGAUCCAGAAUGCUCUGCCUGAAAGAUUCAGUCGCAGUUUUCAAAACAAAAUUGGACAGUACCCGUAAAGGUGAAAUUUACAGGGCUGUGGGGAAAGGACAGAGGAGUGGGGCUAACCCAGCAGCUCUUUGUUUUAAAUACAUGGACCAAAUGGUUUCCUCCUGUGCUGUGAGAUUCAAUGGUGAGGAGAAAGCUUAGCCUAAGUGAAUUUUUUUUUUUUUGCCCGAGUCGUUCCUCGCUGAUGGGUAAAGCUCAGACUGCACUUGUGAAGUUUCAUCAGUGGGAUUGAAGCCCUGCCAAGGAAACGUCCCCGUGAUUUCCAAAAUCGAGAUUUCUGUGUCGCAUUGAGUUUAAAUUGCCAUUGGAAUCCUGUGGGGUGGUGCAGAAUUGAACAAGAACUGUAUGGAAUUGUGGAGAAUGUUACUGAAUAAACUACCAUGGAUGAUUUUGUGUGGCUUCUAAACUCA